UGGAAGUGGAAAUGGUGUGAGCACACACCGGGGGGUUAUCAGGAGCUGCUCCGUCAUGUCUUGUAGUCCGUCUUUACUCCUGUUAAAGGUUUCGGAUAUUUCCCGGUGCGGCGGCACUGAUCACAGCCUUUAACCUCUCCAGUUUUCAGGGCGCAGCGCGUUAGUCUGCACUGAUGGAAGCGUUACUGCUCUCCUGCUCAACUUGGACACGAUCUGGGGGCCCUUCAUCAGUGUUGAUCUCUCCGUUUCGGUGAUCACAGGAGCGGGGGAAAAUAAGACUGGGCAAGAGAGAAGAGAUGAAAGACGAGUGGGUUUCCUGAGGCGCACCGUCGAAUCCGGUUUUGAUGCGCGCAGGUGUCCAUUUCAUCAGUAAAUUUCCUCUCCCUCUUGCAGUGAUUAAACUAUCGUAUACAUUUUUUCUUGUUUUUCGGUGGCAACCAGAAAACACAAACCGGAUAAGAAGACAUUCAGCUGGAGUGCUUUGAACACAGGAAUGCUCCUGGACGGAUAUUUGAUUUGGGUUUGAGGGCAAUCGCUCGGAGUUACAGGGAGCAAAGAGGAGGGGGGAAAGAAUUUGGAAAGUAGAGCUUUGAUUUACGGAUUACUGGGCUUUUUCUUCUCCUGAACAACUGUAGACACGCUCUUUGAUGUCUGAAAAGACCGUAAGGUGGCCAUGACGAGCGAGGAGGAGGAGGGCCCCGGCGUUGCAAAAUCGACAACAGCAACACCAUCUGCACCGACCAGCUCCAGAGUGACGACCGCCAUAGCCCGGGCCGACAGCGAUGACGCUAUCGCCACCUCGUCUCCCCGCAGGCCCUCCCCACACCGCCGCCCAUAUCCCAAGAAAAAGGAGGAGAAGGAGGAGACCAUAGAAGAGGCAGCAAUUAUUCAAGAGGAGAGGAUCGAGAAGGAAGAAGAGGAGGAAGUGGUUGAGCGUAACGGGGAUAAAGAAGAUGAGGAUGACGAGGAUGACGACGAUGAUGAUGGCAGCAGUGACACCAGUGUGUUAGUGGUGCCCUACCCUGAGCUGGUACCUGUGGUCUUCUUCUGCCUCAAGCAGACAACCUUUCCCCGCAGCUGGUGCAUCCGCAUGGUCUCCAGCCCAUAUCCUUUUACUUACCUGCUGUGA